AUGGAGGAGAAAGUCAGGUAAAUGACCUAGGAAAUAGAUGACGAAAGGUGCAAAAGCAGACUUGGAGAAUAACUGUUGAAUAUAAGAGAGAGAGCAACCAUUAAACAAUUUUGACCAGGCGUAGAAUGGAAGAAUUGCAAUAAAGGGAAAUUGCAAACCUGGAUUGUAAUUAGGAAGGUUUAAAAAUUGCCUUGGUCGAAUUUCCACCCUCUGACCCCCGCAGGAUCUCAAAUAUUAUUAGUUGCAACUUGCACACGCGGCAUAUGCAUCCAUCCGUGAUCCUUUUGCAAAACUGAAAAUGUAUAAAAGUCGCCACAUUCGUAAUACGCGGAGGGCAAGGGGUCUUUCGCAAUGUUGUAGUCUUUAGGGGGUGUGGACGACGUUACGAAGUCCCCUGAAGAAAGACCGCCAUUAGCCGUGUUGCAAUUCCGUGUGCGUUGCGCCAUGUUCCUACCUCAUUAUCGGGUAUCUAGACCUAUGGGCGGCCGAGGCUCCAAUUACUAUGGCAACCCUACAUCUCUUCCCACUACCUGCUUAAGCCCAACCUCGUCUUAUCAAGCGAAGCCCCCCUUUUUAACUCUUGAGUCGCGUACCUGGAAGGCCUCAGUGGAAAGAGUAAUAAGGCAAUUACCGUUUCAUUAAAACACUUCCCUCGGCCCUUGUUCUUGGGAAAGGCUCGAGAUCGCAAGAACGCCAUGAAUUAACCAAGGAGAGGUUAUUAAAAAUCCACGUAGGUGCUGGAGAUAAAGAACAAGAAAGGAGGGGGAGAGGGUCGAGAAGGACCCCAGGACGGACGCAGGACAGCGCGGUCGGCCUCCAGAACGUGGCUGGGACCGCCCGAGUGCGCACCCGCGGCUAGACGUGCCUUUGGAAAAGCGGCGGCUCCGGGCUUCGGGCUUUCUGCUUGCAUGGCCACUUUUUCUCUGAUGUCUUUGCGUCAUUGUUCUUCCUAUGAACAAAUUAAAAGACAAGAAAGUCCUUUAUAAAAGAGUAUACAGUUUACGCUUAUACACGUACUCUUCCUCUGUCAUUUUUCCCAAUUGGAACACAAGCAUACGAAGGAAGUAAAUUCAGAUUUAAAGUCAAUUAAGAAUAGAUACAAAAAACGAGACAACGCCCCCCAAAAAAACAACAGCAACGGCAAUCAAACUCCCGAACUUCGACCAAGCAGAGGCGGCGCAAGCACCUCCCGACGGCGAUCCUCUGGCCGAGACCGAGGGAUCGAGGCGUCCACGAUGUCAGCGCGGCGAGAGCUGCACAAGUCCUUCAGCACGGACAAGGUGCAGAAGGCGCUGUCCAUGUUCUGGGUGGCCAAGCCCUCGGGCGUGACCACGAGCACCACCUAUGACGUCAGCAGGCGGAUGGGCGGCGCGGGCGGCCCUCCCUGCUGCCAGCAGGGCGCCCACCACGAUUCCCUGGAGGAGGGCGUGAGGAGGCCCUUCGCGGACCAGAGGGAAAUCGACGACACGCCCUCCAUCUUCGAGUUCGACUUCGCGGACAUGAUGGGAGGCAGGACUGGCUUUACCUGCGUUCGGCACACGCUGUGUGUCCUCAACACCUUUAUGUGGAUCGUGGGCUGCUCCAUGCUGGGCGCCGGCAUUUGGCUCCGCCUUGCCUACGGCGGCUACGCCUCCCUCCUGCACCAGUACUCCGCCAUCUCCGCCGACUCCUACUUCAGCCUGGUGGUGGUGGUGUUCUCCCUCCAGCUGGUGGCAGGGACCCUCGCCUUCGCCUUCAGGGCCGAGGUCUCCACCACGCUCAUCGCCGAACUGCAGGCGGGGAUACGGCGCUCCUUCAACGAAACGUCAGACAAUGCUGUGGCCAUCACGUGGAACCAUUUGCAGACGCAGUUCGAGUGCUGCGGCGUGGAGGGCCCCCGAGACUGGUUCAACAUCGCCGCCUGGCCCCAUGAGGAGUGGGUGCCUCGCUCCUGCUGUAUCUCCAAAUACGCGGAUGACCUGGACUGUGGGAAAUCAGAAGAGGAGGAGCACUGGUUCAAAGCCGGCUGUUACAUGCAAGUGAAAAUGUGGUUCAUCGAAAGACUACAUCUCGUUGGCGUGAUCGGCCUCAUAUUUGCAUUUGUGCAGCUGUUCGGCAUGAUCGCCUCCAUGCUCCUGUUCUGCACUCUGGGCCACAAGCGGCGAUCGCACACCUACAAGUCUUACCAUUCGGACACCUGACUACUGCCUGAAUACAGGGUGUAAGACGCAAGGGAUAACGAGGGAGGGAGGAGGGCCUACUUACACUUAGAAUGGGAUCGGAAGUGAAUGUC